AAUGUUCUCAAUACGUCAUCACUCACACACUUAAUUUCUUGUACCAGAAUUCAAAAUUGCAUGAGUAUGCUUCAGACCCAAGCAGUGGUCCAAUCUAUGUAUGUGGUAAAGACUCCAUUAAUUAAAUAAUAAAUUGAAUAUGUUUUAUUACAGAGACUCAUAGAGAGAUUAUUGAACAGCGACGAUGGACAGGAAGACAUUGUUUUCUUUGCGGACUCAACUGACCCCUGCUUCCAACAUGAUGGCGGACAGGGAGUCCUACGCCGAGGUGACCAGGCUCGUCCCCGCCCCCCCUACUGAGGCCAAGCCCCCGGGCCUUAACCCCCGCUACCCUCGUGGGGCUAGGCUACCCUGGUUGGCUGCCCAAGCCGCUGGCGCCAACGAGAGGAUUGUCCUCCGCCCCCCUACUGAGGCCAAACCCCCGGGCCUUAACCCCCGCUACCCUCGUGGGUCUAGGCUGCCCUGGUUGGCUGUGGCUGAGGAGGCUGACGGCCAGGAAGCCUGGAUCACGGCGGCCCACUCCGACACCGUGUCCCCCCGUGCACGGGCUCUGGGUGCCGCCUCGAGUCAGGAGACUUCCCCGGGCCAAACCCCCCCAGAAGUGGCUGACCCUGACCACCAUCGUGGGGCUAGGCUGCCCCUGUUGGCUGCCCCAGCCGCUGGCGCCAACGACAGGAUCGUCCUCCGCCCCCCUACUGAGGCCAAGCCCCCGGGCCUUAACCCCCGCUACCCUCGUGGGUCUAGGCUGCCCCGGUUGGCUGCCCCAGCCGCUGGCGCCAACGACAGGAUCGUCCUCCACCCCCCUACUGAGGCCAAGCUCCCGGGCCUUAACACCCGCUACCCUCGUGGGUCUAGGCUGCCCCGGUUGGCUGCCCCAGCUGGUGGCAGCAAUGAGAGGAUCGUCCUCCACCCCCCUACUGAGGCCAAGCCCCCGGGCCUUAACCCCCGCUACCCUCGUGGGGCUAGGCUACCCUGGUUGGCUGCCCAAGCCGCUGGCGCCAACGACAGGAUCGUCCUCCGCCCCCCUACUGAGGCCAAGCCUCCGGACCUUAACCCCCGCUACCCUCGUGGGUCUAGGCUGCCCCGGUUGGCUGCCCCAGCCGCUGGCGCCAACGUCAGGAUCGUCCUGCACCCCCCUACUGAGGCCAAGCUCCCGGGCCUUAACACCCGCUACCCUCGUGGGUCUAGGCUGCCCCGGUUGGCUGCCCCAGCUGGUGGCAGCAAUGAGAGGAUCGUCCUCCACCCCCCUACUGAGGCCAAGCCCCCGGGCCUUAACCCCCGCUACCCUCGUGGGUCUAGGCUGCCCUGGUUGGCUGUGGCUGAGGAGGCUGACGGCCAGGAAGCCUGGAUCACGGCGGCCCACUCCGACACCGUGUCCCCCCGUGCACGGGCUCUGGGUGCCGGCUCGAGCCAGGAGACUUCCCCGGGCCAAACCCCCCCAGGAGUGGCUGACCCUGACCACCAUCGUGGGGCUAAGCUGCCCCGGUUGGCUGCCCCAGCCGCUGGCGCCAACGACAGGAUCGUCCUCCGCCCAACUGAGGCCAAGCCCCCACAUAAACCCCCAGUGUCCUUCACAGUGGAUCCAAGAGGUCCUCUGCGGGACGCCCCGCUGAGCUCCGCCCCCUCGUCCUGGGAUGCCGCUGCCUCCGCCCGCCGCCGGGCGCUCGGAGGCACCGAGGCGGACCUCCUUUGGACGGAGUGCUCCCAGUCCGCCAACGGCCAGAGGUCCCAGGCCCCAGGCAGCCCGCCGGCCUCUGACGUUCCUGAAGGUGUGGCGGGCAGAGGUAAGUACUCGUUCAGCCCGUUUCCCCCUGUGCAGGAGCGUCUGAGGAUCGGCAGGAUCCCCCGGGAGAAGCUCCGGGGCCCCCCCCCCCACCACGCAGGGGAAGAGGCCAGGCCCUCUGGGAAGCGGCAGAAGAACGGGGGCCGCUGUUUCCCCGACCAGAGGCUGACCGCUGAGCCCGAGCUGGAGGAGAAGCUGUUGAAUAGCAGAGAUGAGCCGGCCCAGGGCUCCCUCAGCGGCCCCCAGCGAGACCCACCCGGGUCCCACCCCUUCCCCAAACCUGAGCUGGCCAUGACACAGAGCCUCACUCUCAUCAGCUCAGAGAACUGGCAGGAGAAGAUGGAAGGGCUCACGGUGCUGCGCCGUCUGGCCCAGAACCACGUGGACACGCUCCUCCCCAGGCUCCGCGACGUCUGCCUCGCCAUCGUUCAAGAGGUGAAGAACCUGCGUUCGGGCGUGUCCCGCGUAGCCGUGUGCACGCUGGGCGUCCUGUACUGCCACAUGCAGAGGGCCAUGGACAAGGAGGUGGACACCACGGCCAGGGCGCUGCUGCACAAGGCGGCCGAGAGCAACGCCUUCAUCCGGGAGGAAGUGGACGCGGCGCUGGGCCACAUGGUGCAGCACUGCACGCCGGCACGCUGCAUCAACGCCUUCCUGGACGGGGGUUUGAGCCACCUGAGCGCGGCGGUGAGGAAGUGCGCCGCCCAGCACCUGGCCGACCUGCUGGAGAGGGUGGGCGUGGCCCGCCUGCUGUCCGGAGGGAAGGACGUGACGGACAGAAUUCUCCCGGCCGUGGUCAAGCUGGCCCUGGACUCCUCCCCGGAACCCAGGCACGUAGAGCCCCCGGUGGCUUCCUGUGUUGGCUGA